AUGGUGUCACAGUCUCCGAGCUUCUCUGGAUUUAUCAACAACGACUUAUGUUUUGUUGUAGGCUUUAUCAAUUUGGCAUGUCAUCUCCCUGUUGAGGUUGAGUAUAAGGCACUCUGGGCUAUCAAGUUGCUGAACUUGGAUAUUGACACAACUCAGUCUAAGAGAACUCUUGACAUCCAUGAGUUGGAAGAAAUAAGACUUGAUGCUUAUGAGAGUUCCAAGAUUUAUAAUGAAAGGACAAAGAAUUUUCAUGACAAGAAGAUUAUUGUCAAGGAGCUCAAGGCUGGAGAUCAGGUUUUGCUAUUCAAUUCCAGACUUAAGUUAUUUCCUGGAAAGCUUAAGUCUAGGUGGUCUGGACCUUUAUCAGUCAAAGACGUUCUGCCUUUUGGAGCCAUCACCCUUCUGAACAAGGAUGGCAGUGAAUUCACUGUAAAUGGUCAGAGAGUCAAGAAAUAUCUAGCUGAUCAAGUCCGACCAGAGGGGUUUUCUGUGCUCCUCUGUGAACCCCCAAAGGCAGAAAAAGCUGAAAAUUUAAGCUAG